AAAAAUGGACAGGAAAGGAAAGGGAAAAACGGGUAGCGUAGGCAAUCUGCGAACACGGUCUAACCGCGGCCUUCAAAUACACGGUCGACGCGCGUAUGGAAAAGAGGCGGCAUAUCAAAUGUCUUUUAAGAGAAUUUCAUGCACAGCACGCACACAGACUCGAUAGAAAUAGUUAGAUAGUUUCUGAUUCAAUUAUCGAUUUCCAUCUGAUUGCAAUAUAGAUAUGUCGGAAGUCCAGCCGAUAGGGCCGACGGAUCGCCGGCCGGGCGCUCUCGGAGACCUCCGAGUACUUACCGACGAACUCAUCUGUGCCAUCUUAGAAUACCUCUCUCCUCGGGAUGUGGCUCGCCUUGCUUGUGUUAGCAGUGUGAUGUACAUAUUGUGCAAUGAAGAACCGCUCUGGAUGACUUUAUGCCUUCAGAAAGUAAAACUAAAAGGUCCACUUCAAUACAAAGGCUCCUGGAAGAAAACAGCAUUGCAUUUUGAGCAUCCACCUAGCGAAAGCAAAGAACUGUGCCGAAAACCGCUGCAAUUUGACGGAUUCAGUUCUUGGUUUUUGCAUAGAAGAUUGUACAGGUGCUAUACCACACUGGAUACUUUUAGUUUUGACAACGGUAACGUGGAAAGAAAGAAAGACCCUCCUUUGCAAGGGUUUCAUCGCGAGUAUGAUGGGAAGAAACCGGUUUUGCUUACUGAAUUGGCUGAUGCCUGGCCUGCAAGGCAUACAUGGACAGUUGAGCAUUUAUUGCUGAAUUAUGGAGAUACAGAAUUCAAGAUUUCUCAGAGAAUUUCUAGUAAAAUUUUGAUGAAAUUCAAGGAUUAUGUCUCAUACAUGAAACUUCAGCAUGACGAGGAUCCCCUAUAUAUUUUUGAUGACAAGUUUGGGGAAAUUGCACCAGGUUUAUUGAAGGAUUACAGUGUACCUCAUCUAUUUCAAGAGGACUUUUUUGAUAUCCUUGAUAGAGAUCAACGACCACCAUUUAGAUGGCUCAUUAUUGGUCCAGAGAGGUCUGGUGCCUCUUGGCAUGUUGAUCCAGCUCUUACCAGCGCCUGGAAUACACUUCUAUGUGGCCGUAAAAGGUGGGCAUUAUAUCCUCCAGGAAAAGUACCAGCAGGUGUCACAGUACAUGUAAAUGAUGAAGAUGGUGAUGUCAAUAUUGAGAGUCCAUCUUCAUUACAGUGGUGGUUAGAUUUUUAUCCACUCCUUCCUGAUGAAGAUAAGCCCAUUGAGUGUACCCAAAUGCCAGGGGAGACGAUUUUUGUUCCUAGUGGAUGGUGGCAUUGUGUCCUAAAUCUGGAAACAACUAUUGCUGUUACACAAAACUUUGUAAAUUCCAGAAACUUUGAAUUUGUAUGCUUGGACAUGGCACCUGGUUAUCUUCAUAAGGGAGUUUGCCGGGCAGGAUUGCUUGCACUUGAUGGAGGCAGUUUUGACGACGUCAAAGAGAAUAUAUCCUAUGAUGAAGAUGGUUUGAGUUACUCAGACCUGACAAGGAAAGAGAAAAGGGUCAAAAUUCUAAAACCAGGAGAGGAUUUAAAAUCUGGAAGUGCUAUGGAUACUGUCUCUAAAUAUUAUAAUUUAUGGAAAGAAGGUUUUUCUUAUGAUAUCAAUUUCUUGUCCAUGUUUCUGGAUAAGGAGAGAGAUCACUACAACUUUCCUUGGAGCUCAGGUAAUUGCAUGGGACAACGUGAAAUGAGAGAAUGGCUUUACAAGCUUUGGGUUGGAAAACCAGGAAUGAGAGAGCUAAUAUGGAAGGGAGCAAGUCUUGCACUAAAUGCAGGUAGGUGGUUGGAGUGCCUAGUACAAAUUUCUGCCUUCCACAACCUGCCUUCCCCUACAGAAUUUGAGAGGCUUCCUGUUGGCACGGGUAGCAAUCCUGUGUAUCUCAUGUCUGACUGUGUGAUCAAAAUUUUUGUUGAAGACGGGCCAGAAGCCUCAUUUUAUGGUUUAGGCACUGAGCUUGAAUUUUACAGUCUACUACGUAAAGCCAACUCUCCUCUGCAAAAUCACAUUCCUCAAGUUUUGGCAAGUGGGAUACUUUAUUGUGAGAAUGGAUCUUACAAAAUUGUCCCUUGGGAUGGCAGCAGUGUUCCUGAUGUGAUUGCUAAGUGCAAUUUUCUUCCAGAGAAGUGCAAAGUAGAUGGUUUUCCUUUAGGAAUAUGGAGCAAGAAACAUUUUGAAUAUAGAAAAGCUGGAAUAUCAAUGUAUGAAUCCAAUAAUUCUGCUAGAUUUACAAGGGUAUGGCCAUAUAUAAUAACAAAACGGUGCAAAGGAAAAAUAUUUGCUCAGUUGAGAGAGAGACUAUUAUGGGAUGAUGUGCUUAGUUUAGCUUCCUUUUUGGGAGAGCAGCUACGAAACCUUCAUCUCUUGCCCCAUCCACCUUGUAGUAUUCCAACUUUCUCAGACAUUGAACAGCAAUCAGAAAAUGGUUUUAUGAAGGCUGUGCCCUAUAAAUCAAGCAUACCAACUGAAUGGGAUACCUUCAUCAGAACUUUAAUGAGGAUGAAGAAGGAUGUCUUGAGUCGCUUGAGUAAAUGGGGAGAUCCAAUACCUAGCACACUAAUUGAGAAAGUUGAUGAGUACAUCCCAAAUGAUCUUGCCAAGUUGCUUUAUGUGUUUGAGGAUGAAAAUGAAGGAAGCAAAGUUUGUAAGCCUUUCUGCUGGGUGCACUCUGAUAUAAUGGAUGACAACAUUCAUAUGGAGCCAUAUGCUAAUAGCUCUUGCUUUAGUGGAUCCAUCGAAGAUGAUCACAUGCAAAACGAUGGUUCUUUGAAUGGUUGUGGUAACACUAUAGAGGGAAAAUCAUGGCAUCCUAGCCACAUUCUUGAUUUCAGCGACCUUUCUUUAGGCGACCCCAUUUAUGACUUGAUACCCAUUUACUUGGAUGUUUUUAGAGGUGAUCCCCAUCUCUUGAAGCGAUUCUUAGAAAGUUAUAAACUUCCUUUGGUGAGAACAUCAUCCCAGCACAAUUUAAUGGAUAACAGUGACAAAUUCAAUCGCCUUUCGUAUCAUGCCAUGUGCUACUGUAUUUUGCAUAAAGAGAAUAUCUUGGGAGCUAUUUUUGAUAUAUGGGAAGAACUUAAAACGGCAGAAUCUUGGGAAGAAGUUGAACUUGCAGUAUGGAGCGAGCUAAAUAAUUACAAAGGUUUUCCUUUAUGAUCUCUACCGUCUUCUUGGAUUUGGGUACAUUUUGAAGCCUAAGCUGGACAUCACUUGGCAUCCGUGUAUUAUAAAAAAUCCCAGAAGACAAAUGAUGCACAGGAUAUAGUGUUUUAUAUAUUUAAUGGAGUUAUCAAAUUAAUUUUUAGUUAGUAGUAGCUGAUGAUAAACGAGUGUUAAUUGACCACAAUACCACAUUGAAAAAACCACCUGUGUCAUGAACCAUUUGAUUGUUUGUCAAUUCAAGUUUGCAGAUGCCUACUUCUUACAGACGAAAAAUAAACUCCCGAGUUUGUAAGAAACAUCACAUUGUUGUCAGACUUGAUAUAUUUAUUAGACGGACUAAGGAACCUUUUUCUUCUC